UCAUAACUACGUCAGACAGAGGCCGCCGCCGCGGGGCCUGGUUAUCGCCGGUCCAGCGCAGCCCGGAGUCGCCCAGGCCUGAACUCCUACCCAGGUCCCCGGCCUGGCCUCAGCCGGCCUGACCCCGGCCCCGGGCCCACGAGGACACCGAAAGCCACUCCCUGGGGGUGGGGAGCGGAGCCGUGGGUCAGCUCUGCGCGCUCCCCGCGCUGGCCUGUCCGGCCCCGCCCCCGCCCCGGGCCAUGGCCCAGCCCUUGUCCCGGCCCCUCGUCCUAUCCUCAUCCAGCCCUUGGCCCCCAGCCCCGCCCUCGCCCCGCUUCCCAAAUUGGCCCCUGCCCCGGCCUGGGUCCCAGCGAAUGCCCAGAUCCGAGUCUCAACCCAGGCCCCCCCUUCAGUCCAAGUCCCAGUCCCUGUGGCUGUCCUGGCCUCCAACCCCUCCUUUGCCCUUGUUCCACCUCCUGUCACAAAUCCCAGCCCAACCCCUGUCCCAACCCCAUUCCCAGUGUUUGUUUAAACCCGGGUCGCAAAUCCUGCCCUUGCCCCAGUCCCCAUUACAGCCCCUCCUUCCAUCCCAUUCCUUGCCCUUGUUCAAGCCCCAGUGCCCAGCACAGCCCAAUCCACUAUCUCAGCCUUUGCCCUCAUCUCUGUGUUUACCCAAGUCUUUCCCACUACCCACCCCUUUCUCUCAUACCCUGCCCCUCUCCCAGCCUCGACUCAGGUCUGGGCUCCAGCUGCCGCCAGCCUUAUUGCUGCUGUUGCUGUUCUCUGUCCUUGGCCCAGGGGCUGGAGGCCUCUUCCUGACUGACUACUCCACCUGCUCACCCCGAAAGCUGAGUCCAUUCCGCUCCUUUGCCAGCACUGAGCUCUUCCACUUCCAUGUUCCCGAGGACACAUUCCUGGCUGUUUGGAACCUCAUCAUCUUCAAGGAGCAAGGAGGAACCUUUGGGGACCACUGCCCAGACCAAAGUGUGACUGUGUAUUUCCGGUCCGGGGCACCCCCUGUCAUCAAUCCCCUGCACACACACUUCCCAGGGGACACGGCUGUGCCUGGGGUUUUCUCCCUGACCCUCAGCUGGACACUGCCCAACCGCACCUCAGGCAUCUUUAACGUCAGCAGCCCCUUACCUGGGGACUGGUUCUUGGCUGCCCACCUUCCCCAGGCCCAUGGCCACAUCUCUGUCAAGGGUCUCCAGGACGAGUGUCAGUACCUUCUUCAGCCACAGCUGAUUAUCCGGCGUUUGCUGGACGUUGCUGUGCUGGUGCCUGGCCGUCCCUCAGAGCAAACCCUCUCGGCCCACAAUCGCUCAGCACUGUACAACAUUUUCCUCAUUCUGGUGUCCCUCUCACUUUCUCACCUGUCCUUUCUUACCCCAACCUCCCCUUUGCCCAGGGUCUUUGUGCCCAGCUUUACUUACAGGGUUUCAGCACACCUGGUAUGUGUGGGGAGCCGCGGGGCAUUGGCCUGCCCCCUGACGUUGCGCCUACGUCCUAAGGCCCCACCCCUGCACAACUCAAGCUCUUUGUCCUGUGGCAGUACUUCGGUGUGCCAGCUGGAGCUGGCACUGCCCCCCUGGGGGCACUGGGUCUACGUGCGUGUGGAGAUCCCAUCCCGGGGUCCUGGCAGGACUGUCCGGUUCCAGCUGUGCGUGCGGUUGCAAGAGUGCCCACAGCCCAGCCUGUCCCGUGUCCUCGUCCCUGGAGCUGCCAUGAACAUGCCCCAGUCACUGGGCAACCAGCCACUGCCCCCAGAGCCGCCUUCUCUGGGGGCCUCUGCGGAGGGGCCUGGGGCCACAUCCCCACCAGAGCACUGCUGGCCGGUGCGCCCGACACUGCGCAAUGAGCUGGACACCUUCUCCGUCCACUUCUACAUCUUCUUCGGCCCCAGUGUGGCCCUGCCCCCUGAGCGCCCUGCAGUGUUUGCCCUGAGGCUGCUGCCAGUGUUGGACAGUGGAGGUGUCCUCAGCCUGGAGCUCCAGCUCAAUGUGAGCUCCCUGCGCCAGGAAAACGUGACGGUGUUUGGAUGCCUGACUCACGAGGUGCCCUUGAGCCUAGGGGAUGCAGCGGUGACUUGUUCUAAAGAGUCCCUGGCUGGCUUCCUCCUCUCCGUCAGUGCCACUUCCAGAGUGGCCAGGCUGCGAAUCCCCUUCCCACAGACUGGAACCUGGUUCCUGACCCUGCGCUCCCUGUGCGGGGUGGGGCCUCGGUACGUGCGGUGCCGGAACGCGACGGCGGAGGUGCGGCUGCGCACUUUCCUCUCCCCCUGCGUGGACGACUGCGGGCCCUACGGCCAGUGCAAGCUGUUGCGCACACAUAACUACCUGUACGCGGCCUGCGAGUGCAAGGCCGGCUGGAGGGGCUGGGGCUGCACCGACAGCGCGGAUGCGCUCACCUAUGGAUUCCAGCUGCUGUCCACGCUACUACUCUGCCUGAGCAACCUCAUGUUUUUGCCACCUGUGGUCCUGGCCAUUCGGAGUCGAUAUGUGCUGGAAGCUGCUGUCUACACCUUCACCAUGUUCUUCUCCACGUUUUACCAUGCCUGUGACCAGCCAGGCAUUGUGGUUUUCUGCAUCAUGGACUACGAUGUGCUGCAGUUCUGUGAUUUCCUGGGCUCCUUAAUGUCCGUGUGGGUCACUGUCAUUGCCAUGGCGCGUUUACAGCCUGUGGUCAAGCAGGUGCUGUAUUUGCUGGGGGCUAUGCUGCUGUCUAUGGCUCUACAGCUUGACCGGCAUGGACUCUGGAACCUGCUUGGACCCAGUCUCUUCGCCCUGGGCAUCUUGGCCACAGCCUGGACAGUACGCAGCGUCCGCCGCCGGCACUGCUACCCACCCACAUGGCGCCGUUGGCUUUUCUACCUGUGUCCGGGCAGCCUGAUUGCGGGCAGUGCUGUCCUACUCUAUGCUUUUGUGGAGACCCGAGACAACUACUUCUACAUUCACAGCAUUUGGCAUAUGCUCAUCGCUGGCAGCGUGGGCUUCUUGCUGCCCCCACGUGCCAAGACUGACCACCGGGUCCCAUCUGGAGCUCGGGCCCGGGGCUGCGGUUACCAGCUGUGCAUCAAUGAGCAGGAGGAGCUGGGCCUUGUGGGUCCAGGUGGGGCCACUGUCAGCAGCAUCUGUUCCAGCUGAGUGGGGCUUUGGGCCUGGCCUUUGGGGAGCAUGAACCCUUCCUAGGGGCAGAGAGCCCUUCCUGGGAGUGUGGAACCCUCCCUGGAUAAGAGACAGGUUGUAUUUCUCGAGGACAUAGAGUCUUUCUUAAGGACAUGGAGCUCUUCUAGGGACCUGGCGAACUUCCUGAAGGCCUGGAGUCUUCCUGCAUCCAUGGAGCCCUUCUUAAGGAUGGAGCCUGUGUAGGACCCUAGAGCCCCUCCGGACCGAGGAGUCCCUCCUAGGGGUGUGGAGCCCUUCCCAGGGAUGUGGAGCCCUCCUAAGGAUAUGGAUUCCUUCCCAGGGAGACAAAGCCCUCUCAGGAUAUGGCAUCAUUCCAGAGGAAAUGGAGUCCAUCUUGGGGACAACGAGUCUCCAAAUCUUCCCAGCAGCUCAGCAACUCUGGUCUCAGGCUUCCUUCCCAAGGCAGCGUCUGGGCCAUACCGUGCCAUGCUGUGCUGUGCUGUGCCGGGAGGGGGAUUGCAGGGCAGGUGGGGCUGGGGCUGGGGGCACUGGUAACCUGAGUUGAUGCAGGUGGAGUCUGGUGUGUCUCCAAUGAAGUAUUUGCUGGUUCUGUGCUGCCUUUUUUCCUUGGGUCAAGGGUGUGGGGAGGAGAGGGAAAGAGAGGGUCCAAAAAAAUGAGCAGGGUUGGUGGGAACCCAGCUGGAAUGAGCUGCUGGAGCUUCUGCCGGAGCUUUUUGCUCCAUCAUGGCAGACUGCAGCUGCUGGGAGUAGGGGUGUGUGUAUGUGUGUGUGUGCAUGCAUGUGCGUGUUAGGGUGAUUUAAAUUAGUGAGACAGACUUCCCUUGUGGUGCCCACACCCAACAGGAAAGGAAGCUGAGGUUUCAGGAAAUUGGACUAGCAGGUACAAAUCACAAAUGUGUGAGAAAUAUCACCAGAACGUAACUUCUAUUUUGAGCCCCCAUUUUGCCCGAGUGUCAUCUUUUGUGCCUGAGAGAUAUCCUUUGUCAGUUUGGGAGUUCCUCUCUUUCUAUAAGAGUCUUAGCUGAGUCUUGAGGAUCUUAAAUAAUGGGAAGACGUUGGGAGGUUGUUUUCUGGUCACUGGGGUCCACACUGGACCCAUCGUGAGUUCCGUCAUUCCACCUGGUCCCCAGUUAGCAGUGUAGGCAGGCCAUCCCAGAGCGCUUUUUCCCAUCUGCAUAACCAUUGUCAGUCCUGAGGCCCUCCCUGACUUCCGUGCCACCCACAAAGACCUGUGAGGCUUGGAUAGCCCAGACACACCUUGAAGCCAUUUCAACUUUGGGGGCCUGCUCUGGGUUUUACCUGACCAACAAGGCAGGAGUUCCUCCAUCUUUCAGAUCCUACAAAUCUGUCCGGAUAUUUGGCCUAGGGAAUGUGGCUCAGGGCCUCUUCCUUUUGGGACCCUUCUUUGCCAGUGCUCUUACUGCAUCCCCUUCUCUCUCUUCCUUCUCCCUUAACUUAGAGCAUUAAUCUGGAGGUUGGGAAAACUCCCUUUUACUUAGGUUUUUCUCCUAGUUCUUGUCUAUGCCUUCAUUCUCUCCUGUGAAGACCUUAGAGCCUAGGUUUUUAAAGCUCAAAAACCAGGAAAAAUCCCUUUGUUCUCUGCUUUCUGCAAUUCUGUCUCUUUCUUGGGGCCCUGAGUAGAGCGAUGUGGCCAACUGAAUGGUGAGUCAAGAGGUGUGGGCUUGAUGUCUCUUCCUUGUAUCAGAAAUACUAGUCCUUCAUAUUAGGAUAUAUAGAGUCAGGUCGCUAGGAUGCUUGAACCCAAAUAGCUAGGAUUCAGGACAGAGUCCUUCUGUGAAGAGGGACAUAGAGCUGGGACAGACCACACCCUGCUAGGAGGGGUCAGAAGGGGGUUUUUUGGAAGAGGGGGGCAGAUCUGAGUAAGGAUUAAAUAAAUUUCUGUAAUGCCAA